AUGAGGCUUAUACGAAGCCUGCUUAUUCUGCCUUGUGUGGUUGCUACAUUCCCCAACGACCAGGCAAUCACAUCCGAUCAUACAGCAGAAACAGCCGGUCUUUCAUCAGAUGGCCCGUUUGACAGUCAGAUGAGCUCAUUCAUCGAGACUACAUUAUCCAAGUUUCAUGUGCCAGGUAUCUCGAUAUCAUUCUCCAACGGCACAACAACAUACGCAAAGGGAUACGGGAUAUCGAGAACUCCCAACACUGCCGCUACUGCCGAAACUCUUUACUUUGGUGGAUCCACUACCAAAUCUUUUACUGCAGCCAGUCUGCUGAUGUUGAUGGAGCGGAGCGCUAAUUCAUCUGACCCAAUUAACCUCCAGACCCCAAUAUCCUCCCUUAUUCGUGAGGAAUUUGUUCUACCGGAUGACUACGCCACACUCCAUGUAACUCUUGAGGAUGCAUUGUCGCACCGUACUGGUAUGCCUCGGCAUGAUUCCAGUUAUGGGGGCGCCAACGUCACACUGAAAGACAUAGUGCUAGGUCUUCGGCAUCUGCCAAUGACCGCUGAAGUGCGGACAAAGUUCCAGUACUGCAACCUGAUGUUUAUAACACUGAGUUACGUUGUAGAGAAGCUCACCGACAUGUCGCUUGGCGACUUCCUCAAGAAGAACAUCUGGAAACCCCUACGUAUGACUUCAACCUUCUUUAGCCUUACAGACGCCCAAAAGGCCGAGGCAGACGGGAACGAAAUUCUUGCUACGUCAUAUUUCUACAACGAAACCACAGCAAAGUUUGUUCCAAUGAGGCCAUUCGAUGCUCCAGAAGUAAGUGGGGCAGGUGUAAUGAUUACCAAUGUCGUUGACUACGCCAAAUACUUACGCGCGAUCAUGAAUGAGGACCCCCGUAUACUCUCACACGAGAGUUACGUGGAGCUCCGAAAGCCUCGUACGUUCCUGUCUGCAGACGAGCACUCGGCUUUCACUGGCCCAGUAGGCUACAGCUUCGGCUGGGAGAUUACUGUCUACAAAGGUCAUCAAUUAUUCUACCAUGAUGGAUCCGUGCCUGGAUACGCAGCCAAGAUGAUGUACAUCCCGGAAAAGAACUGGACUCUUGCUCUCAUGUCUAACACAGACAUGUACAGUGAUUGGGCCAUCGACAUCGUCUGCUUCGAGCUACUCGAUAACCUGCUUGAGAUCCCUGCUAAGGAAAGAUUCGAUUGGAUGGGUAAGUAUACGAAAGAUGAGGAGAUGUGGAAGAACAACUGGAAGAGCGCACGGAAGAAUGCAUAUCCAUCUGCGCCUUCGCCACCAUUGCAAACCACACUGGAACUGUCAAAGUACGUCGGAACGUACCAUAACCCUGGCUAUCGGAACCUCACCCUGAGGCUGGCUGAGUCACCUGCAUGGUGGCUUCGGGAUGCGGAGGCAGUGCUGCAUAUGGAUACAUUUGAAAAGACGUGGAAGUAUACACUUGAUUUCGAGCACGUCAGCGGCGACUAUUUCAUCGCGAGGACUAUGAGUCCGAGCUUCGCACCGGCAGCGAGCUUUGACUACCAGUAUUUCGAGGCAGAAUUCCGGAUCGGGCCUGAUGGCCGUCCUAGUCAGGUUGGGCUUACAUUAGAAGCCGAAAUGGGGUCUAAGAAGAUUUGGUUCGACUACUUAGGUUAG